UUGCAUUUUUCAUGUGUGUUGGUGUAUCCUUGGUUUGGGAGCACUUUAUUUUUUUUGCUUCACGAGAUUUGCGCCUUGUUUAAGCUCAAGAAUGUGACCAAGUUGUAACAGUAAACUUCCAGUUCAAGAAUUUCCAGCUCUAAAGUUAAUCUGAAAUCAGUUUUAAGCAAAACUUUUUGCAUAUGUAUCAGUCAGGGUUCAACUACUUCAACAAGCCCAUUUCAUGGUGGAGUCAUAAGAUCAUUGUUGAAUUGUAUCCUUUUUGAGGUUUCCACCCCUGAUUCAAUCCUGGGAUUUUCCAAGUUUUCAGAUCCCACAUCAAUAUUCAUUCUUGGAAUCCAAUCCCAGGGAAAUCAAAGAUGGCCAAGACUUGUUGCCCAAAGCCUAGAUUAGGCAGAAUAAUUGGCUGGCUUCAGAUUAUUCUGGGAGGGCUGGUGAUUUUGGUUAGCUUAUCGAGUUUAUUUAGGUUCUACUCGGCUGGAUUUUUCUAUCAUAACGAGGAUAUAUGCCGCCAUUUUUAUGCAGUAAAAGAUUCAUAUGUGAACUUUGAUGUUAGAGCAUUAACUGCUCGAAUGGAUGAAGUGCUUAAUAAGAUGGAUAGCCUGCAGAUUAAGCUUGAAAUGGCUGUUCAGCAGAUGGAAAGAAACAAAGGUGACCUUAGAGAGAGCAAUAUUUCGAAAUUAGAGUAUAAGAGAUAUCUGGAGGAGGAGGUGAUUAGGCCUCUUUAUAGUGCUCAUAUUGCUCUUAGGCAAAUUAGGCUGCCUCGUAUUGAAGGGAAUGAUACUAGUAAUGUCAAGGAGGAUCCUUUGAUCAAUACCUUCGUUACUGAGGAGAUUAGGAAGUAUAUUACCCCGAAAGACAACAGAGUUGGGAAGGUUAACAUCUAUGGAACAGGGAAGAUAUAUAACACUAUAGGGCAUGCUUGCGUUUCCAUGAAGAAAGAAUUGCAAGAAUACAUGGAUUAUGACAUUGGAUCAUAUUGUAAAGAUGAUUGGAACUUGGCACAGAAACUUAUGGUGAAUGGUUGUGAUCCCUUGCCCCGGAGGCGUUGCUUGACAAGGGCUUCUAAGCUCUACCAAAGGCCUUACCCGAUUAAUGAGUCCCUUUGGAAAAUCCCUGAUGGUAGAAAUGUAAGGUGGAGCAAUUAUCAGUGCAGGAACUUUGAGUGUUUGUCGAGCAAGAAUCCUAAACGAGGCUAUUCCAAAUGCACAGGAUGUUUUGAAAUGGAGAAGGAGACGCUUAAGUGGGUAACAAAUACCUCACUUCCUAUUGAUUUCUUGAUUAAAGAUGUUCUGGCCAUCAAACCAGGUGAAAUAAGGAUAGGACUCGACUUUGGUGUUGGUACCGGUACAUUUGCUGCAAGAAUGAGAGAACAGAACGUCACAAUUGUCUCCACUGCUCUGAACCUUCGGGCUCCUUUCAAUGAGAUGAUUGCACUCAGAGGUUUGGUUCCUCUCUACUUGACAUUGAAUCAAAGGCUACCAUUUUUUGAUAACACCUUGGACUUGAUUCACACAACUGGAUUCAUGGAUGGCUGGAUUGAUUUGCAAUUGUUGGACUUCAUCCUAUUUGAUUGGGACCGUAUCUUGAGGCCAGGAGGCUUGCUGUGGAUUGACAGGUUCUUCUGCAAUAGGAAGGAUCUUGAUGACUACAUGUACAUGUUUCUGCAGUUCAGGUACAAAAAACACAAGUGGGCAAUUUCUCCUAAAUCCAAGGAUGAAGUAUACCUAUCCGCAUUGCUAGAGAAGCCUCCUCGAGCUUUGUGA